CAGAAAAGGGAGAGGUUGCACUAGAAAGAUCAAAUUACAAUGGCGGCUGUAAUUAUGCAGCAACCUAACAAAGUUCGGAAAACUGCCUGGAGUUCAGGAAUAUGUGACUGUUUACAGGACAUUAAUUCUUGCUGCUAUGGGUUCUGGUGCUUUCCUUGUUUUAUGUGCACCACCACUGGUGAGUUUGGGGAGAGCAUCUGUCUGCCUCUCCUGGACAUAUGUGGCCCAUCUCUCAUGACUUUUUUCGGGGUUUCAUCAUGUGUGCCGCCCGUGACUCUGGCAAUGAGGGUGGCAGUUCGCUACAAAUAUAACAUUGGGGGCACUAUUUGCGAGGACAUCAUGAUAUCUUACUUUUGCAUGUGGUGUUCGUGGUGUCAGAUGAGUAGAGAAAUCAAAUCACGCAAACAAGAUGUCAAAAUAAUCCAAACUGUACCUGUGUUUCAUCCAAAUCCCAUGUCAGCCCAAACUCGAUUUGUCCCUCAACAGCAGAUGGUUGGUGUGGCACCGGCAGUUCAACCAAUACAGAUGCAACCAGGUCGGAUUGGUUAACCUAUGGAGACAAGAGUUUUUUAAUAGAAUAUAGAUGUUUGUGACACACACACACACACAUGUUGGUUUUCAAGUGUUAUGGGGACUUUCCAUAGACAUUUUUUUUUUUGUUACGGUACAAACCCUUAUUUUCUAUCCCCUAAUCCACUAAACUUAGACACAGCUCUCACAAAAAAACUUUCUGCAUUUUUUACAUUUUCAUAAAACAUCAUUCUGAAUGAUUUAUGUACCGUUUUCUUCACGGGGACCAAAAUAUGUCCACACAAGGACAAGGAUUUUGGAUAUUACCAUGUGGUGACAUUUUGUCCCCAUACCGUUUUACCAGAGCAACACACACACACACACACACACACACACACACUCUCAGAAAGAAUACAAUUGAUAUAGUAUACAUCUAACCAGCAAUCAAUAUAAUAUCUAUUUUGCGUAAAUAGCAUUUGGAAAAUGCCUGUCUUUGUUUAUUCCUUUAAUAUAUAGUAUGUAAUCUGACUUAUUCAAUAAAAAAAAAUUGAUUAAAUGGUUA